AAGUAAACAUGCGGUGGACAGCAAAAGCAGCGGCAGAAGCAACAGCAAUAGAGAAGUGUUUUGAUGAAUUGCAAGAUGGAUAGGGCUUUCAGUGCCCCCAGCCCUGCUGAUACCAAACGCCUUUAAGAUACAGACUUUCCCAUCCUAAUCUACAAAGGAAACAGGAAAAAGGAACUUAAAACUCCCUGUGCUCAGACAGAAAUGAGACUGUUACAGCCUGCUUCUGUGCUGUUCCUUCUUGCCUCUGACUUGUAAACAGGACCCAGUAGAACAUGCGAAUGGAAAGUCACAAACCUCUUGGUGUCUGAAAGGAUCCUUGGGACCUCAUGCACAUCUGCGGAAACUGGAUGGAGAGAUUUGGGGAAGCAUGGACUCUUUAGCUGGCUUAGUUCUCUAUGGAGUCAGCUUGCUCCUUUCUGGAACAGUGGACAGUGCCAUGGACCUGAUCUUGAUCAAUUCCCUACCUCUCGUGUCUGAUGCGGAAACAUCCCUCACCUGCAUUGCCACUGGAUGGCGCCCCCAUGAGCCCAUCACCAUAGGAAGGGACUUUGAAGCCUUAAUGAACCAGCACCAGGAUCCACUGGAAGUUACUCAAGAUGUGACCAGAGAAUGGGCUAAAAAAGUCGUUUGGAAGAGAGAAAAGGCUAGUGAAAUCAAUGGUGCAUAUUUCUGUGAAGGGCGAGUUCGAGGAGAAGCAAUAAGGAUACGGACCAUGAAGAUGCGCCAGCAAGCUUCCUUCCUACCAGCUACUUUAACCAUGACUGUGGACAGGGGAGAUAACGUGAACAUAUCUUUCAAAAAGGUGUUGAUUAGAGAAGAAGAUGCAGUGAUUUACAAAAAUGGUUCCUUCAUCCACUCAGUGCCCCGGCACGAAGUACCUGAUAUUUUAGAAGUGCAUCUGCCUCAUGCUCAGCCCCAGGAUGCUGGAGUGUACUCAGCCAGGUACAUAGGAGGAAACCUCUUCACCUCGGCCUUCACCAGGCUGAUAGUCCGGAGAUGUGAAGCUCAGAAGUGGGGACCUGAAUGCAACCGCAUCUGCACUGUUUGUAUGAACAACGGUAUCUGCCAUGAGGAUACAGGAGAAUGCAUUUGCCCACCUGGGUUUAUGGGGAGGACAUGUGAGAAGGCUUGUGAACUGCACACAUUCGGCAGAACUUGUAAAGAAAGGUGUAGUGGACCGGAGGGAUGCAAGUCGUAUGUGUUCUGUCUCCCAGACCCCUACGGGUGUUCCUGUGCCACAGGGUGGCAGGGUCUGCAGUGCAAUGAAGCAUGCCAGCCUGGUUAUUAUGGGCCAGACUGUAAGCUUACAUGCAGGUGCAGCCACGGGGAGACGUGUGAUCGGUUCCAAGGAUGUCUCUGCUCUCCAGAACGCCAAGGGCUCCAGUGUGAGAAAGAAGGCAUGCCAAGGAUGGUCCCAAAGAUAGAGGAUUUGCCGGAUCACAUAGAAGUAAACAGUGGUAAAUUUAAUCCCAUCUGCAAGGCGUCUGGCUGGCCACUGCCUGCUAAUGAAGAAAUGACUCUCGUGAAGCCAGAUGGAACGGUGCUCCAUCCAAAAGACUUCAACCAUACGGGUCAUCUGUCAGUGGCCACAUUCACCAUCCACCGGGUCCUCCCCCCUGACUCAGGGGUCUGGGUCUGCAGUGUGAACACAGUGGCUGGGAUGGUGGAAAAGCCUUUCAACAUUUCUGUUAAAGUUCUUCCAAAGCCCCUGAAUGCCCCAAACGUGAUUGACACUGGACAUAAUUUUGCUGUCAUCAACAUCAGCUCUGAGCCUUACUUUGGGGAUGGACCAAUCAAAUCCAAGAAGCUCCUAUACAAACCUGUUAAUCAUUAUGAGGCUUGGCGGCAUAUUCAAGUGACAAAUGAGAUUGUUACACUCAACUAUUUGGAACCUCGCACAGAAUACGAGCUCUGCGUGCAGCUGGUCCGGCGUGGAGAGGGCGGGGAAGGGCAUCCGGGACCCGUGAGACGCUUCACCACUGCUUCUAUCGGUCUCCCUCCUCCAAGAGGUCUUAUUCUCCUACCAAAAAGUCAGACUACUCUAAAUUUGACCUGGCAGCCAAUAUUUCCAACCUCAGAAGAUGACUUUUAUGUUGAAGUGGAGAGGAGGUCUGUGCAAAUGAAUAGUGACCAGCAGAAUAUCAAAGUCCCAGGCAACCUGACUUCAGUGCUACUUAACAAUUUACACCCCAGGGAGCAGUACAUAGUCCGAGCCAGAGUCAACACCAAGGCCCAGGGGGAAUGGAGUGAAGAUCUCAUCGCUUGGACCCUUAGUGACAUUCUCCCUCCUCAACCAGAAAACAUUAAGAUUUCUAACAUCACAGACUCCUCAGCCAUGAUCUCUUGGACAAUCUUGGAUGGCUAUUCUAUUUCUUCUAUUAUCAUCCGUUACAAGGUUCAGGACAAGAAUGAAGACCAGCACAUCGAUGUGAAGAUCAAGAAUGCCACCAUUACCCAGUAUCACCUCAAGGGCCUAGAGCCUGAAACAGCUUACCAGGUGGACAUUUUUGCAGAGAACAACAUAGGGUCAAGCAACCCAACCUUUUCUCACGAACUGAUGACCCUUUCUAAAUCUCAAGCACCAGCGGACCUUGGAGGCGGGAAAAUGCUGCUUAUAGCCAUCCUUGGCUCGGCAGGAAUGACCUGCCUGACGGUGCUGUUGGCCUUCCUGAUCAUGUUGCAAUUGAAGAGGGCAAAUGUCCAAAGGAGAAUGGCCCAAGCUUUCCAAAACGUGAGGGAAGAGCCAGUUGUGCAGUUCAACUCAGGAACUUUGGCCCUGAACAGGAAGGCCAAAAACAACCCAGAUCCUACAAUUUAUCCAGUGCUUGACUGGAAUGACAUCAAAUUUCAAGAUGUGAUCGGGGAGGGUAACUUUGGCCAGGUUCUUAAGGCGCGCAUCAAGAAGGACGGCUUACGGAUGGAUGCUGCCAUCAAGAGAAUGAAAGAAUAUGCCUCCAAAGAUGACCACAGGGACUUCGCUGGGGAACUGGAGGUUCUCUGUAAACUUGGCCACCACCCAAACAUCAUCAAUCUCUUGGGAGCGUGUGAACAUCGUGGCUACCUGUACCUGGCCAUCGAAUACGCUCCCCACGGAAACCUCCUGGACUUCCUGCGCAAGAGCCGAGUGCUGGAGACCGAUCCCGCCUUUGCCAUUGCCAACAGCACCGCCUCCACGCUGUCCUCCCAGCAGCUUCUCCAUUUUGCAGCAGAUGUGGCCCGUGGCAUGGACUACUUGAGCCAGAAACAGUUUAUCCACAGGGAUCUGGCUGCCAGGAACAUUUUAGUUGGUGAAAACUAUGUAGCCAAAAUAGCAGAUUUUGGAUUGUCCCGAGGUCAAGAAGUAUAUGUGAAGAAGACAAUGGGAAGGCUCCCGGUGCGCUGGAUGGCAAUCGAGUCGCUAAAUUACAGUGUGUAUACAACCAACAGUGAUGUAUGGUCCUAUGGAGUGCUCCUAUGGGAGAUCGUUAGCUUAGGUGGCACUCCUUACUGCGGGAUGACAUGUGCAGAGCUGUACGAGAAGCUGCCCCAGGGCUACAGACUGGAGAAGCCUCUAAACUGUGAUGACGAGGUGUAUGAUCUAAUGAGACAGUGCUGGCGGGAGAAGCCUUAUGAGAGGCCGUCAUUUGCCCAGAUAUUGGUGUCCUUAAACAGGAUGUUAGAAGAACGCAAGACUUACGUGAACACCACGCUUUAUGAGAAGUUUGCCUACGCAGGGAUCGACUGCUCGGCUGAGGAGGCAGCCUAGGACCAAGCCCACCCGCCUGUAUGUUCUGUCUCCCCUCCACUGGCAUGACAGACCCUUGAUUCCAAGCAAGUCAGCAAGACCGUGCCAAGAGAGGUGACCUAGAACAUAAACAUGUACAUAUAUUGCUGUGUGUCUGGGACUUUACCACAAAAACCCGUGUGUGUGAAUCUAUAGUACACUUUGACUCUCAUAGGACUGUAUAUACUGUUUCGAGUAAGAAUGUGCUGAAAUCAGAAUGCCUGUUUGUGGUUUCAUAUGCAAUAAUAUAUUUUUCUAAAAAUAUGGACUUUA